AUGAAGAUGGGGAUCGUCUACUGGGGCUGUGGAUUGGAAGGUCAGGGUUGGGAUUUCCUGGGGCGCAAUCCUGGAGGCUUUCCACGCAUCGACCGGAACUCGGAUGCCUUGGUGGACAGCUGGAAGGGGCGCAUGGAGAAUGCACAAGUCACGCUACGCAUGUGUGCCUCAGAAGGCCCAGGCUUUAAGCGCUAUGUGAAGCAUUUUCUGAUGUUGAGUGCGCAGGGCUGUGUGGAGUUCCGACUGCCACAGUAUCAUCGGCACAACACGCUGAACCGCCGGAAGGUCCUCACGGAGCGCAUCGUGAUCGGUGGGAUCUUGGACGGUUAUCAUCGGGGGGCGGCCAACACGGGCAUGAACAUCAGCAACGGAGGCCCCAACGAGAACAGCUUCGUGGCUUACCUCCGGCGGCGUUGCCGGAGGUACCGCGCCCAAGCCAACCGGCUGGGGGGUCACUUUGCGGCCGUGAUCUUGGAAGGUGGACGGAAGGAGCUGCAGUUCACGGCGGCAGCCAGAGCGGUCACCACAGAGCGCGAGGCCAAGUUGAAGCGGAUCUUGUUGGUUUUGGGAGGCCCUGAUGGCAUCUCCAAGCAAGUGAGGGAGCAAAUGAGAGAGGUGCUGGAAGAGUAUACCGACUUCCCGCUUUUGGGGUUGGCCCUUCCGGGUGGAAUCCUUCAUUCUUACUAUGCCUUAGCCACGGUCCUGGUGUUUCAUGACCAAAACUUGUUACUUCCGUUCUUGGAAGUUCAGCUGGGCCGCCCCAAACAUUCUCCUCAGCCUCCCAGCCGCCCACCACCUGAGCAUCACCAACCACAGCCGCCCAAGCAGCCACCUCCCGAACACCUCUUGAAAAUCACCAAGCCUGCCGAGCCCCCUGAGCCGUUAGAGCAAAUAUCGGAGCCCUCCAAACCACCGCUGGAGCCCUCCGCACCACCACCCGAGCCCAUCAAACCACCACCAUCGACCCCCAAACAACCAUCCGAGCCCACCAAGCAACCAUCCGAGCCCGCCAAGCAACCACCAGCGACCCCCAAACCCGAGCCCACCAAGCAACCACCAGAGCCCUGCAAGCAACCACCCGAGCCCUGCAAACAACCACCCGAGCCCUCCAAAGACCCAUCGGAGCCCUCCAAAGUGCCGCCACCAGCCUCCGAGCCCAAGGCCUCCGUGGCCCCCGUGCCACGCCACGUGCCGCCGCCGAAGCCCAUGCCGCGCCCGGCCGUGGCCUCGGUGGCCUCGGUGGCGCCGAAGCCUCCGUCGUCGCUGCCGGAGGCGCUGCAGGUGAUCCAGGCGAAGGGUCCCCCGGCGCCGCGGCCGGCAGGGCCGGUGAACGCGUUCACGGUGACCGCGUUGGCAUUCAGCAGCGUCAAGGUGGGUCUCAUUUGGCCUUUGAGGCCUGCGGCUGUGUACGUGCCCCUUUUGCCGAACGCUUUGGUGGAUUUCUGUGGAGCUCCAUUGCCUUUCGUCCGGGUGCCGAAGUGGCCAGAGACGGCCUAA